AUGGCGUCACCAGAAUUACCACAGUCCAUGAAGGCGUACAUACUCGAGGAGUUUGGAAAGCCGUAUCGUCUGCGCGAAGUGCCACUUCCCGCCAUCGAGCACCCAGAUGACGUUCUUAUUCGCGUCGAGGCAGGCUCAUAUUGUCAUACGGAUGCCGUGGUAGCUGCAGGGACCAUGCAUCCUCCGUCCCUUCCACACAUCGGAUGCCACGAGUUUGCUGGGCAGGUGGUGUCGCUCCCGCCAGGCAAAGAUUCAAGUCAUGGUCUCAAGGUUGGUGACCGUGUUGCAGUUUCCGGACGCGGGUAUCACGUCUGUGAACGGUGUCUUGAAUGUCAAAAUCCCUCUGGUUCCGACCCGGACGAACCUGGUUUCUCGGUGUACUGCCCAUACACUCAUGGCGGCCUCGGAGUUCACGGGCCUGGUGGUUUCCGCGAGUACGCAGUUGUGGACUCGAAGCAAGUGUCGUUGAUUCCAGACCAGAUGGCUUCCGUGCAGGUUGCACCAUUGAUGUGUGCUGGACUGACCGUCUACGCCGCGCUGAGAAAAUGCAAUCUCAAAUCUGGACAGAGAGUGGGCAUCAUCGGGUGUGGCGGCGGGCUCGGACACCUGGGCCUACAGUUUGCCGUCAAAAUGGGUUUGAAGACGACGGGUGUGGACGUCUCGCCAAAGGCCUUGGAUCUCGCGAGAGGAUUGGAGACGGGCUGUACGAUUGUUGAUGCGCUCAAGCAAAGUCCGGAGGAUGUUCGGCAAUCGAUGGGCAAGGAGGACCACAGAGAACACAUGUCAGAAAUGGGUCUAGACGCCGUUUUGAUCCUACCUGAGAGUCAGAAGUCAUUUGACUACGGGGUCAAUCUACUCCGCAACGGAGGACUAGCCGUCGUUGUCUCGUUUCCGCCCGAAGGGUUCCAUGUUUCGGCAGCAGACCUCGUCUUCCGGCGUAUCACUGUGACUGGGACGCUGAUAGGCUCCAACAAAGCACUGAAGGAGAUGUUGGAGUUUUGUGUUGAACACGGAGUGAAGGCGAAGAUCAAGACAUAUCCUUUCUCUGCCUUGAAUGAGCUGGUCGAAGAUUAUCAUGCUGGCACACCCGGAAAGUUGGUUGUUGAUAUGCUCAAGAAGGACUCGUGA